UCCGCAACCAAGGCAGCAGUUUUCCAGUUUUUGUCGUCGUGCACGACAAGCAGGUAUGGAACAGAACCGCAACCCAAGUCUGUCCGCGUCGGCCUUGUCGUCCCGCAUGGAAUCUGCGACCGCCGACCGGAGAUGUGCCGCCAUCGAUCUCGGCAGGUGGAGCAUGGCCAGGGGGGCGCAGCGCCGGUCCACGGGUCCCUUCUCUGCCCGGUGGUCUCCUCCCUUUGCCCACUUUCAAGGUACUUCCACAGUGGGCCGUCCGAAAUGUGUUCUCACCGCAAGGUCGGACACGUACACAAGCAUGCUGCAGCAGCGUGCUGAGGAGUCCUUCUCCUCCCUCAUGGGCCAGGCAGCAAGUGCCCAACCGCAAUCAGCGUUUCCGAGUGCUUUUCCCUCGUCGAUGGGGUGGGGGAUGCCGCAUGAGCAGCCCGACGUUCCACGUAUGCAGUGGUCGAUGUCCUUCAACGACUCGAUUACAGGUGGGAGAGUCGAUACGGGCGUCACGGGCGAAGAUGGUAGAGCGGCAAUGCAGACUUCCAACCUGGACGUCAACGUUCGCGGGCCGGCGGAGACGCAAAGAGGGGCAAUUGGUGGGGGAAGUGCCCCCCGCACUGCCCCAUCGCCCGAUGGCAUGGACUUCUCACCGCAGGCCAUGGAAGAUGGGGACAGUCGGCGCCCUCCACCAAUGCAGGAGCGCAGGACGUGUGGAGUGGAUCUGUGGAGGACAUUGCCGGGACGCAGGCAACAGCGGCCGGUGGUGGACAGGCAGUGCAGGGGAUGGCGACUGCAGGUACGGGGGAGACAGGAGAAGGCGAAUGCGGAAAUGCUUGCGGGAACUUUCGUCACUGCGUUGGAGGGGUUGAACAAGACGAUGGCCGAUGACAAUAGCGCCUUGCUCCAAUGCUUCACCAUGCUGACGGGGUCCUUGGCCGGAGGUGGACGUGGACCGGACAGGGGCGAGGAGAGUCAACCGCAUGAGCAACGAGAGCUGCAAGAUGAGGUUGACUGCCUUCAUGCACGGGUUCUGAUGUUGGAGCCUGGAGGGGGAGGUUCGCAAGGCCCAGGAGGGGCCCGGGGGCGAACGUUGUUGACGUCGAUGGACAGUCCAUCUUCUCUGAGCGGAGGGACUGUUGCUAGUGCUGUUGUGUCCUUCUGCCAGCAAGGAGCGGAAUCUGCAGUCUGCUCCCAUGGCCAGAGGAGAGUUGCCGGUGCGGCCGUUCAUGGACGACCAUGCUUGAAUCCGGGGAGAUCUCUGGAUACCAACCGCCGUGAGAUCGAUUGGAUCGCUGAACGUGUAUGUAGGACAGUCGGGGGGGAUGCGGACUCGUCCACCGGUGGCAUGGCGGGGGGGAAGUGGGAGAUGGCAUCGUCGUAGUCUGGCCUUUUUAAAAGGUCUGACGUGGUUGUUUUGGUUGCACUCUUCG